AUGGUCGUCCACCGUCGAGGGCCCUGGUCACAGCAUGAGGACCAGUGGCUCGUCAACCUUGUCCUUCGCAAUGGCCCUCACAACUGGGUCCGCAUUUCGCAAGAGAUUGGAACCCGAUCGCCAAAGCAGUGCAGAGAGAGGUAUCACCAAAACCUGAAGCCGUCGCUGAACCACAACCCAAUCACGCCUGAAGAGGGGGAGUUGAUCGAGCGUCUGGUCGGAGAGAUGGGCAAGAGGUGGGCCGAGAUUGCACGACGACUUAACGGCCGCAGCGACAACGCCGUCAAGAACUGGUGGAAUGGAGGCCAGAACAGGAGGAGACGAGGACCCAACACACCCGACCACAGAGGCCAUCAAAUGCAUGCACCGCAAAUGGGUUAUCAGUAUCCCCCUCCACCAUCGGCUCAUCGAAUGGACGACACUCCCCACGCUGCUUCUCCUCCUCACUCUUUACCACCACUGCACAAGGAGUAUCAAGAGCCUUCCUACUAUCCCCAGGCUCGCCGCGACUCCCAGAACACAAGAUCCUCUCCUCACGGUCUCCAGCUUCCUCAGCCACCCUCCUUCCACUCUUCGUCACGACCACAGCCUUUGGAGCUCUCCACCUUUGGUUCUCGACCGUACGUCGAGACACCGAUCCCAUCGCCUGGGUACUCCGUCGUCUCAGUCGACACGGUUCCCUCGAUGGUCACUGACACAGGAUCUGAUACCCGCUCUCCAAGAGGGGUGCCAUCUCCGCUCGAGCAAUCCGUCGGCUUGCCUCCUCUUGUGGGUGCUAGGGAAGAGCGUAAGAACUCAAGGACCCGCUUUCUUCCCCAGUCAGGUUUCGCCAGCGAAGACGACGCACCAUAUGACCCCUACAGGCGACGUGCAUCAGUACAGCUUCCACCUUUGAACCGUCCCGAGCCAGCAACAUCGACACCGACGUUCAGGGAGCCAAACUACAGGUUCGAAGACAGACCAAGUUUGCUCACUCAGCCCACACCGCAGCACGUUCACCACCACGCUCUCCCGCGAUCUCCACUCCAGCAUCGAUUGCCCGCCUACGAGAACCUCACACUGCCUUCUCUACAAGCCGUCUCCCCCGGCGCAGUGAGCCCUUCAUCCAGGCAACUUCCCCUACCAGCAACUGGUGGGGUUUCGAGGAGCGCACCCAGCUCACCGCGGGCGCCUGAGAACAAGGACAAUAGGAUGAAGCUGUCGGCCAUCUGCUAG